AAUUUUUAUGGGAGCUGCUAGAUUGAAAAGUGUUGAAGAACAGUGUGUUCAGUUGGAGAGAUCAAACCAAACUCUGCAAUCAGAGGCAGAUGCUUUGUUGCAGAAGAUAUCUGGGAAAGACCAACAAUGUACAGAAAAAAAUGAUGAAUUAAAUAAAUUUCAGACCCUGAUGCAAGAGGAGCACUUAAGGUUUCUACAAGUUGAAGCAACGCUCCAAGCUCUGCAGAAGUUGCAUUCUGAAUCUCAAGAGGACCAAAGAGCCUUGGAAUUAGAACUGAAGAACGGGCUCCAAAUGUUUAAUGACCUGGAGAUGCGCCAACAUGGCAUGGAAGACAAACUGCAAUGAGUUAAAGAAGAAAACUGGAAUCUCUCUGAACUCAACCUUUCAAGCAACAUAUCACAGAAGAAUCUUGAUGCACUUUGGUGAUGGAAAGUCCACUCCUUGUCUUGAUGUGCUCCCAAGACAGGAGAAGGGUUGCUCUGAUCUCAACACCUCCGCCUUCAUCCACCGCAUGAUUCUUGCCGAGAAACCCAAUCUCAUCGUUUUCACUGGGGAUAAUAUAUUCAGAUUUGAUGCCACUGAUGCUGCUAAGUCUCUAAAUGCUGUGUUUGCCCCUGCAAUAGCAUCCAACAUCCCAUUCUCAAAGUGCCUCUUCACUCCAGCCAUCACACAUUCUCUAUUCAGAAAAGAUUGUCCAUCUUCCUCAUUGUUACUUUGUAAAUUAUUACAAGCAGAAAAAUUGUGA